AUGGGAAAGAAUCAAAACAAGGGAGUCAAAAUGUCCCUAGGGGACUUCAUGGGAGGGGAGCCCACGAAUGAUCUUUCAGCGCUACCCACAGCUCCAAAAGUCAGAGCACCUGAUGAUGAUGGAUCCUUCCAGCGCCGUGCAAGACGUGAUGACAACGACGACCGCGAAAUGUCUCGUGCCGACAACGACAACUCCUGGAGACGUGGAGGUGGCGGAGGCGGAGGCUUUGGCGGUGAUCGAGGUGGUGGUGGCGGAGGCUUUGGCGGAGGCGGCGGCUACCGCGAUCGUGAUGACAACCGUGGAGGCUACCGUGGCGGUGGCGGAGGUUACGGUGAUGACAGAGGAGGAGGAGGCUAUGAUCGUAGAGGUGGAGGAGGAGACGAUGGUGGCAACUGGAGAGGUGGAGGCGGUGGCGGCUUUGGUGAUCGUGGUGGAAGAGACGACGAUCGUAGAGGUGGAGGCGGUGGCUUUGGUGAUCGCAGAGGUGGUGGUGGAUUUGAUGACCGCAGAGGAGGCGGCGGCUUUGACGAUCGCCGAGGUGGAGGCGGUUUUGAUGAUCGCCGAGGAGGCGGUGGUGGUUUUGGAGACCGUGGGGGCGCAGCUCCAGCGGAACGUCCUCGAUUGCAACUCAAGGGACGUACUGCCCCUGCCCCCAAGCCAGCUGCUCCAAAGUCAAAACCAGCUGCAGAACCCAAGCCAAAGUCUAAUCCUUUUGGAAAUGCUGCUCCAGUCGAAAAGAAGCCAGUCGAGAAAAAGCCCGCUGAACCAUCAAAGGAAGAACGAAAAGAACCCGAACUCGUCGAAGAAAAGGGUGAAAACAGUGAACAAGAUGCCGAAAAGGAGAAAGAAAAGAAGCGAAGAGAACCUGAAGUUGUCAAUUCCAGAGCUGCUGCACUGGAAGGCGCUCCAGAUGUCAAGCGUGAUUCAAAUAACCGAAGCCAAAGACACGACAAUAAUAAUAGCAGAGGACCCCCGCAAGUGGUGAAUAAGCGAUUCGCCGAUUUGGCCGACGAAGAACGUGAGAAGAACAAAGAACGCGACGACAGACGCCGCGGACCACCUCCAGUUGCCAACUCGAGAUUUGCGGCUGCCGCGGAAGCCGACAGAUCGUACAACCGCGACCGGGAUGAUCGUGGACCACCUCCAGUUGCCAACUCGAGAUUUGCUGCGGCCGCUGAAGCUGAUAGAUCGUAUGACCGCGAUCGCGAUGACCGUGGACCUCCUCCAGUCGCAAACUCGAGAUUUGCGGCAGCUGCUGAAGCUGAUAGAUCGUAUGGCCGCGAUCGCGAUGACCGUGGUCCUCCUCCAGUCGCAAACUCGAGAUUUGCUGCCGCUGCUGAAUCUGACAGAUCGUACAACCGUGAUCGGGACGAUCGUGGACCACCUCCAGUUGCAAACUCGAGAUUUGCGGCAGCUGCUGAAGCUGACAGAUCGUAUGACCGAGAUGAUGAUAGACGUGGAGGCGACCGUGGUGGGGGUGGUUUCGGACGCUUCGACAACCGUGGUCCUCCACCUACCCAAAACUCUCGUUUUGCCCAAGCUGCAGCCUCUGACAGUGACUACGUGGAACGUGGUGCUCGAGACCGAGACUCUCGAGACCGUUACGAUAAUGGAUCAGGACCUUUUGGAGGCCGUGAUGACCAUGGACGUGGUGGUGGUGGAUAUGACAGACGCGGAGGACGCGAUGAAUACGACAAUGGUGGUGGAUAUGCACCACGUGGAGGCGACCGAUAUGACAACAAUCGCUAUGAGUCACAAGGAUCCCGUGGGCCCGCCAAAUCUCGCGUUGCUGAUUUGCUGAAACCAAAGGCUCCUCCAGUCGAAGAGAAUAUCUUGAAGGUACCAACAAAAGCACAAGAAGACAGUAUCCUCAAGCCCCCAACCAAGAAGGCCGAAGAAGAAAAGCCUCAACCUGCUAAGGCUGCUCCAGCUCCUGUUGACGUUGCCAAGGUCAUUGACGAUUCAAGUGUCAUUAAUGAAUUUAUCAGUGGAAACAAGAUGGGCGAGGACUUGAAAUCAUGGGUUUCAGACAAGGUCAUUACAAGCAUCGAAAAGCUUGUGUUCACACUUCUCCAAGAAACUGAAAAGCUCAACCCUGAUAUUGAGUGCAAAUGGGCAGAACCAACCAAAUAUGGGGCGGCUUUGUUGUCUUUGGUCGAAGACGAUCUGUUGAAGCAAGUUGAAGUUUUGGUUGGAAUUCAAAAGUACUGUGACAAGCUUGGUUUCCCAAAACUAGAUGGCGAGUCUGUUGUUCAAGCAAUGUUCAGAUCGAUGUACAAGUUCGAUUUGGCCGAUGAAGAUGCGUUUGCCAUGUGGAAGGAAGACGAAACUCCUCAGUACGAGCAAGGGAAGAUGAAUGCUGUAAUUCAAACCGUCGAAUGGUUCAACUGGCUAGAGCAAGAUGAUGAGGAAGAAGAAGAAUACGAAGAAGAGUAG